AUGCAAAAGUAAAUAGGAAAGUACAUAACAUCAACCUCAGGGUAUUUAGGAAGUGGAUCUUUGGGGAGAGUAAAUCUUUAAAUCUAUUAGAGGUGGACAAAGCGAAAGACUCUGAGAAAAAUAUUGAUGUGGUUCUUAAGGCAAUUCCUAAGAGUAUUUUAAAGGAUGAUGAGGCUAUUCAGUUGGCACUGUUGGAUGAAAUAAAAUUAUUUCAGAAAAUAAAGAAUCCAAAAAUAGUGGAAUUGUUGGAUGUGUUUCAACAUGAAGGAACAUAUUACAUGGUGAUGGAAUACAGUCAGCUCAACUUAUAACAGUUAAAUAAUAGAUGUCAUAUUAGGUAUUUAAAGAAGGACAAGGAGAAGAUGUGCAUGAGUGAGUAAGAGGCUAUCAAGAUGUUAAAUGAUUUGCUUGAAGGGUUCACUGAGUUAAAUAAACAUGGAGUGAUGCAUAGAGGAUUAAAAUUAUCAAACAUUAUGGUAAAUGAAGGGGUCUUCAAAUUAGCAGGUAAUUCAAUUCAUAAAAUGUAUAUAGAUUGUGGAUUAUCUAAAUGUUUGGAGUCAUUUCGAAAAGAACAGCAAUAACUAUCUCAAUAUCAAUAUUUAUCUCCAUAAAUUUUGUCAGGCCAAAAAUAUACCAACAAAUGUGACAUAUGGUCAUUGGGCAUCAUAUUGUAUUAAGUACUCUUUGGAUACACUCCUUGGUUUGGUGCAAAGUUGGAUGAAUAUCAACAUUAAUUGUGGCAUACGUUACUCUAAUUUUCAGAAGAUAAAAAACAAAUCAGUAAUGAAAUGAAAUCAUUCAUCGAAGGCUGUUUGGCAAUUGAAGAAGGUUCUAAACAUUAUUAUUAUUAUUUUAGAGGAAAGAUUUGAUUGGGAUGCAGUGUAUAAGCACAAAUUAGUUUGUGAGCAUUUUAAGAAUUACAGAUCCCAAAUCAAGUAGGAUCAAAUCAAAUUUCUAAUGAACGAAGUCAGGUAGAAAAUUAUUAAGUAGAAUAUCGAUGUCAUCAAGCUAUUUAAUGAACUUGAUGUCAAUGGAGAUCAUACUUUGGAAUAUAAAGAAUUAGUUGUACUACUAAGAAAAAUAGAUAAAACUUUAUCUAAUACGGAUUGCAAAAUCAUAUUUAAGCAAUUGGAUUUGGAUGGUGAUAAGAAUAUUUCAUUUGAUGAAUUUGCAAAGUGGCUGACUGAUAAUAACACGAAGAUGACUCUAUUAACUAGGAAAUUUCAUCGUCAAUCAACUAUGAAAAAUACUGCAUCACCAGGAGUCUAACCUUAGACCACUCCUUAAGGCAUGAAUGCUAACUAAAAUGCUCACAGUUUAUUAAACAUUCAAACUCCUUAGGGUUACGAAAAUAGGAUUAAUAAUCCUAUGGUUUCAGAGAUAGACUUAGAUGCUAAUCCUUUUGAAGAUAUUUGCAAACAGAGAUCUCCAGAAUAAACCAUUUUAAUGAUAAAGGAUGGACUUAAUUAAUUCAGAAUCAAUUUGUUUGAUUUGUUUAGUAGAUAUGAUUAGAAUAGGGAUGGAUUCAUUAAUUUCUAAGAGUUCUUUAUGAUGGCCAAAUAGAUUAAUUAGCAAUUUACAAAUGAAGAAUUGAGAAUUGCAUUCAAAGUUUUUGAUUUGAAUGAUGAUAAUUUCGUUAAAUUUGAUGAAUUUAAAGAGAUACUUGCCAUUACCGUUCAAAGGGUAUAUUUUAUAGUUUAUUUAAAGCCAAUUAAACCAAAUAUGAGUUUUCCAUAAUUUCCUAUGUAAAAUUCAAGUUAUGCUCCAUUUUUUGGAACUCAAUAUCCUUAAUAACCAUAGUAGCCAUAAUAGCCAUAACAAUUUUAACCUUUCCAAAACAAUAACUAUUAAAAUGCAUCAUAUAAUUAACCCUAAUAAGGUGGAUAAUAAUAAUUUCCAUAUUAAUAAUAAUAAUAAUAAUAAUAAUAUAACAAUAAUAUUCAAUAAUAAAAUACUGACUUAAACUUAGCAUACUAACUAAUGAAUUAUUGA